CCUUUCGGUGCCAGUGACAGAAAACUCUGGGAAAGACGGUCUUGUUUCCUUUGACGUGAGGUCAUCGGCGGUUCCGUUUGCCUGCGCGACGUGCUCUCUCUCCCUCUCACUCUCCGAGCGCUGGCAGCACCGCAGAGCACAGCUGAAGCGGCGCCCGAUUCUCUUCACUCAUCCACCGUGCAGACCAGGAUAUGGUGGCGUUUGUUUCCCAGUUGGAUCCCGACAAAAAUGUGUCUAAUUAAAACUGUAGUUACUUUGCUUGAUGGAUGUGGGUACAACAAGGAAUGUUAGCAAAGGCAGCUGAAAACAACUGCUUGCGAGUAAAGCCAUGGUUGGAAAAAUGAAAAAAAAAGCCUUUCAAAGAAACAUUUUCUAAUGAUCUACCAAAGCAACACCAGAUCUGCUUAACUUCCUGUAAGAGUUUGUUUUUUGUUUGGAAAUGGCUUCUCAAUCAACGUCCUCAGAAUCUUCUGCAUCUUCGCAGUCUGUAUUAGUAUCAUUGUCAUCGGAAGAACUUCACUUUCCCGAUUGUAAUAAGUCAAGGGAGCGUUCUCCUUCACCGAUGAGAGGUUUCCUCAUUCCCAGCCCUCUACCAACAAGGAGGACCAGAACUACAUCUGCAACCGUUCGGGCAUCUGAAGGACCAGUUUUCAAAGGAACCUGUAAGUGCUUUUCCCGUUCAAAAGGUCAUGGAUUCAUUGUCCCUGCAGACGGAGGGCCUGAGAUCUUUGUUCACAUCUCUGAUAUUGAAGGAGAAUAUGUUCCAAUGGAAGGUGAUGAGGUCUCGUACAAGGUCUGUCAAAUUCCUCCCAAAAAUGAGAAGAAGCAGGCUGUUGAGGUGGUCAUCACCCAUCUAGCACCAGGAACAAAGCAUGAAACAUGGUCAGGACAAGUUAUCAGCUCAUAAAAAUGGCCAGCAAUUAAAUCCUGCUGCCUAACAAGAGGAAUAAGCGUGAGCAAAUCUCUUGAGUGAAGUAUCUGGGCAACGUUUAGUCCAACCAACUGCUUGCAGGAUUAAAGGUAUUUUUGCAAAUGUGUUGUACUUUAAAUGCUUAAAAACAGUAAAACAGUUGGUUAAUAGUUUGAAUUUCACUCAUUCUGUGCAUGUUUCUAUUAAGGUGUCUGAGCCGGUGAAUGUACAUGUGGAGUUUUAAAACAUGCAUCAAAAAUGCAGUCCUCCUCCAAAAAAAGUUUUAUUACUCUAACAAUUAUAUUAAAAGCCACACUUUCUUACUAAAACAGGAAUGCAAUGCAAAUUCCCUUUAAACUGCACUGCCCUUGCAAAUUGUAGAUUCAUUGAAUAUCUUUCAUAGAGUACCUUGUUUUUAAAUUAUGGGCUUAAUCAUGUUGAGGAAUAGUCAUCAUACAAUAUUUACUGCUUCUCUCAGGCAUCUCCAUGAUACGUUCUUCAAGGUGAGCAGGUAAAUAGGCCUCUGCCCAUUUCUCUGCAAACUAAUUGUCAGAAGGUUAAGAACACUACACAAUUCCAUUCUCCUUAAUGCACAAUAUAUGUGAAGUCAGUGGAGAUGAUUAUCAAAUGUACGUUGAUUAUUUUAGAGUUAGCAACCUGCAGAGUUGCUGUGUAAACCUCUGGUUUCACCCUUUUGAAAAAUGCAGUGCUUUAAGAUACCAACAUUGAUUUGGCACAGGUAAUUUCUGUCAGGGUUCUGACCAUCCAGUGCGGAAAUGAUUGAUCAGUCCAGCUGGAUGUCUGAAAUCUUGUUUAUCAGUUUUCAAAUGAAUUUGUGUGCAUUUUGAGCUUUCAGACUGAUUUGAAUCUUCUAUUUUCUUGUAAACAUGCUGUGUAUCAGCUGAUGGGAAGCACACUUGAUUGGCUAUUGUUUGUCAUGUCUUGGCAAUUGUUUGCUAUCGUUUCCUAUGGUACCUGAAGUUAAUAUGAUUAACCAGGUAAAAGGGCAUUCUGCUUUGAAGAACUUAUCCCUUGGCCCUAAAUUUCUGAUAAGUGCAUGAUAAAAUUUUAUACCAAUAACUCCUCGGAUUUGUAGGAUUAUACAGAACAUAAUUCUGGCUGUUUUAAGAUGCAUAGUUAAUUGCUGAUGCACAGCAUGUGAAUUGUGGGUGUUGAAAAUGCCCUGCAUUUACUGACAAAGAUCUAUCAAGGUAGGGGGUAGUCUGCACUUGUGUUUCAAUAUAAGAGCUUAAGAUAUUGUCAUAUCUGUUUUCUUGACUUGUGAAGAAUAUUUUUAUUCUUCAGUGCCUUAGUUUCAAUCUCUUUAAACUCAGUUUGGUUUCCCCAUGACACAUUGUGGUCUAUGUUUACCAAGAUGAAUAUUGUAUUUUAGUGUAAUCUGUUGAGUUCAACUAUUGGAAUUAGAGACACUUUGACAGUUAAUGUAUCAUGUUGUGCCUUUUGGCAUUGAUAUUAUCUGUAUUUCUGAUUAGAGGACAAAUAAAAUUUGGUGUUUAAACGAA